UCUGUAUGUUCAUGCCUGAGUGUUCACGGUGCAGGGUCAGGACAGGGGAGCAGCUCGUGGAGUUUCACUUUUAAUUGUUUUGUUUGCAGGUUAUGAAAAACUGCAUUUCUCUCUUCAUACAACCUGCUGUGUAAGUUCAAAGGUUAUUGGACGUCGGCGAGUGGCGACCAGGAGCCAGUUUUGACAGAAAGAUGGAGUGUGAGUCUUUACCGCCACUGUCCCGUUUUGCCAUUUCUGGUGGCACCCAUGGAAAUGAGUGGACCGGCGUGUAUAUUUCGAGGGAACUGCAGAAACUCAAGGCAAAAGAGACUGAUUCUGUCUCAGUAACCACCGUCCUAUCAAACCCACGAGCAGUGGAGGCUUGCAGGAGAUACAUAGACACAGAUCUGAACCGCUGCUUCACAGAAGAUAUACUGAGUUCCCCGAUAACAGAUUCCUCACCCUACGAGGUGAGGCGAGCCCAAGAGCUGAACGCUCAGCUCGGGCCCAAAGGAAGUGACAAGGCCGUGGAUCUGCUCUGCGAUCUCCACAACACCACUUCCAACAUGGGCCUGUGCAUCAUAUGUUCCUCCAUAGACUUGCUCAGCCUGCACAUUUACAAAUACUUACAGAGCAAGAUAACCUCUGUGCCUGUGAGAGCGAUCCAGAUAGAGCUACCUCCCUCUAAGGCUUACUCCUUAGACUCACUGGGCAAACAUGGCUUCUCAAUCGAGAUGGGUCCUCAACCCAACGGUGUCCUCAGAGCAGACAUCUUUAACACGAUGAAAAAGGCAGUGGACCUCACUAUAGAAUGGCUGCAGCAAUUCAACUCUGGGAGCACUUUCGAAGGAGGUGAAGUAGAGCUAUAUGCUGACAUGAAGGAAAUUGACUACCCAAGGGAUCCUACGACCAGUGAGAUCACUGCUGCCAUCCACCCGCAGCUGCAGGAUAAUGACUUCAAGCUUCUGCGACCUGGCGACCCCAUUUUCCUGUCAUUUGCAGGGGAGACAGUGAGGCACGAAGGGGAGGAACUCUACCCGUUCUUUAUCAACGAAUGUGCCUACUACGAGAAGAACACAGCUUUCUGUUUAGGUCGCAAGAUCACUCGGACCAUCCCGUCCAUAAGUGUGAAGACGGUCUGAGAGCAGAGACAGAACGAGACAGAUACUGUAAAGAAUGUAAAUGGUGGAUUCAUUUGAAUUCAAACACAAACACCACCUGUACGAUAAUGUUUUUAAUUGUCUCCAAAGAUUCAUUAAAGAUAAAGAGUUACUCUAUUCAUAAAUUAUAUGUACUAGUGACAAUAAUGUAUUGCCUGAACAUAGAUUAGUUAGAAUUAUUCUCAGGAAACAGAUUUGAUUUAUUUUGCUAAGUGGCCUUAAUUCAAAUGAAUAAAAAGAAACAUGGAUCAUUUCAAA